CGCAGGCGCGGCGGGCGGGUUUCCCAGGGCUACAGCCAGCGCCGGCGCCGCCGUGUGCUCGUCCGCCGCCCUGCGCCAUGGCGGGCUGCGCGGCGCGGGCUCCGCCGGGCUCUGAGGCGCGCCUCAGCCUCGCCACCUUCCUGCUGGGCGCCUCGGUGCUCGCGCUGCCGCUGCUCACGCGCGCCGGCCUGCAGGGCCGCACCGCGCUGGCGCUCUACGUGGCCGGGCUCAACGCGCUGCUGCUGCUGCUCUACCGGCCGCCGCGCUACCAGAUAGCCAUCCGCGCUUGUUUCCUUGGCUUUGUGUUCGGCUGCGGCAUGCUGCUAAGUUUCAGCCAGUCUUCUUGGAAUCACUUUGGCUGGUACAUGUGUUCCCUGUCAUUGUUCCACUAUUCUGAAUACUUAGUCACAGCGGUCAACAAUCCCAAAAGUCUGUCCUUGGAUUCCUUUCUCCUGAAUCACAGUCUGGAGUAUACAGUAGCUGCUCUUUCUUCUUGGAUCGAGUUCACACUUGAAAAUAUCUUUUGGCCAGAACUAAAGCAGAUCACGUGGCUCAGUGCCACGGGGCUGCUGAUGGUGGUCUUUGGAGAAUGUCUGAGGAAAGCGGCGAUGUUUACAGCGGGGUCCAAUUUCAACCACGUGGUGCAGAAUGAAAAGUCAGAAACCCAUACUCUAGUGACAAGCGGAGUGUAUGCUUGGUUCCGGCACCCUUCUUACGUUGGAUGGUUUUACUGGAGUAUCGGAACCCAGGUGAUGCUGUGCAACCCCAUCUGUGGCAUUGGCUACGCCCUGACAGUGUGGCGAUUCUUCCGUGAUCGAACAGAAGAAGAGGAGAUCUCACUGAUUCACUUUUUCGGGGAGGAGUACCUGGAGUAUAAGAAGCGGGUGCCCACAGGCCUGCCUUUUAUAAAGGGAGUCAAGGUGGAGCUAUGACACAGCAGGGGCCGGGGGCCUCCCAGUCCGUGCAGCCCAGGAUGGAACUGCCUCCUGUUGGCCACUCUGCAGAAGGGAUUUUCUUAAUCGUUUUAUACAUCACCAGUUACUCUUCUGGAAUAUCACUCAAGACCAAACGGUCAGAAGGCCUUAGGACCAAAGGACCCCCGGAGCGAUCUGUUCUUGGGCUGAGUUAAGGUAGGAUAUAAAGAUGGACAAGAGCAAAUAAUAGCAAUAUCCAACAGUGCCCCUCCAGAAGUGCCCUGGUGAAAACCCAGGCCAUGCUCCAUCCCCCACGGGGCGACAGUGUAUGUGGGUUGUGACCAGGACCCCUCGGGAGAGGUGGACUCACUGUCUCGCUCGUCGAGGAAGGCUUCUCCAGCAGGCAGGGGGAUGUGAGCGCCAGUGCUUAUUAGCGUUAGGAACACAUUCAAAAUCUUUAAGUGGAAAACACAGACAGCACAGCUUUAACCUCCUUAUUUCUGUCUUUACGUGCAUGAGCGUCUAUACCGUUUUAAAGAUACUUCGUUAUAAAGCACUUUGGCUCUUCCUAUAUUUAAUCAUAUUUACAUAUCUAUUUUUUAUAAAUAGCAGUAUAAAUUCAAAGGGGACUCACUGGUGUUAAUAGCCCCAGCUUUUAUUUGGCAGAAAGGAAGCAUGGACACCUCCAGGCACUUUGGCCAAGUGGCUUUGUGUCACCAGAGCACCCCAGGCCUGGGAGACCGUGGGCCCCUGUGGCUUUCCGGGGUCUCCCGAGAGGAGGCAGUUAUCAGUGACAGGCAUGUCAAAGAUGUGUCAUUUUUCCUUUAUCCAAGAAAUGCUUAUUGAACGCCUGCUCUGUGCAAGGCAUUGUUAAACUUUGAGAAAUACUGCUCCCCAUUUACUUGGGAUUUUAUUGUAUUUUCCCAUAGCUUGUAUUUUUGUGUUUGAUUUAAAUCUUUUAAGUAUGGAUUUCUACGUUCUGUUCUCAGAAUUCCAUCGUCCCUAAUGCCAUUUCAAACUGUCUUUUCCAAAAGCGUUUGAGAGCAUAUACAACUACAAAAUUCAAGCAAGUCGACUCAUAAAAGUCUUAAAUAGAGCAAAUAAUCUCAACAGUAUUGUUUUUCGAGUUUGGGGCAAGUGAUGGGCUUUAUGAGUCAAACAUAGAAGUUUUAAGACGCUUGGUUCAUUCUGGACUAGAUAGGAACUGUUCUCAGUGUGAAACCCGUCCCAUGCAUUUCUGCAGUGGCGCCAACUAAGUCGGCGGCAGCCCCCAGCGGGAGCGCUGCUCCGCUGCCACGCACGCCACGCGGCUUUCGAGGAGCCACUUAACCUUUCUGUGCCUAGACCUCCCCAUUUGUAGAAUGGGGUCGAUACCACCUACCUCACAGGGGUGUUGUGAAGACUUAGAAGAACAACGUCAAACGUUUUUAAUACUUAGAGAAAUGACAUAAAUGAAGUCUAUACUGUAUAUGACCUACACAACGGACAUUUGGUUAACUGUACCAGAUACUGGAAAUGUGUGUUCAAAAGAGCAUUUUACCAACUCAAAAUAUUUACUCAUUUCUAGAUUUUAUGGCCUAAUUAGUUUUUUUGUUAUUAUGUAUACCAAAGAGGUUUACGGGUUCUUGGAUUGCUGAUAUGACACUUGCUGGUGUGAGAACUAGACAGACUCGACUGUCAGCCCCGGUCAGGGUCUGGCGGUCAGAUUCUGGCCAGGGCGGCUGCUCGAGCCCUUGGCAGCAGGUUCCUCUGGCAUGGACACGCCCCGUGGGACGGCAGCAUGCACUUACUCUGUCUGGGAACUUGAGUUGAAUCAGUUCUAAACUUGUUCUCCAGACCACGCUGAGUGAAGUGAACUCCACUCUGUAGGAUUGCAAAUGGAGGAGGGCGUGGCUGGGGUUUUGGCAGCCAUCCCCAGCUCUCUGAAGGAAAGUUCCUUCUUGCUGCAUCUAGCAGGAUGGGACCCAACUUUCCUUCCUACUAGUGGCCAUGAAGCUGUCUUUUUAAUAGAUGGAGAGGAGCUCAUGACGGCACUGGCUUUGUGGACCGGCAGGCUGGAGGUGUUGGCUUUGAUGAUCUGUACUCCCUCCCCCUGCCGGGUCCAGAAAGCCCGCCUUCCUGCCGGGCCGAGCUCAGAAGGUGGGCCUCAGUGUUUGCAGUGAGAUGCUGCCUGACGUUAUAUUCUGCUCUGCUGUGAAGGCAGGUCCGUGGGUGGAGGCAGGGAGAGAGCAUUCCUACCCUCGUUCGCAACCCCAGGGCAGAAGUCAGCAACGACUUAGAGAUGGAGAUGAACUCCUUAGGGGCAGGAUUGGGAACGUGAUUGACUUUCAUCCAGCACUGAGAUCCUCAGAUUAUUUUUAGCUUUAUAAAUUUAGCAGUGACAGUGUACACGGCAGAGAAUCAGGUUAAUGAGGUACAGGCUUUUUGGGUAUUCCCAAAAGCUUUUGGGUAAAGGCCACAUCACCAGUUCCCUCAAAUUAAGAAACCAUCAAGAGAUUUCUUCUUCCAUUGCAGGUUUUAAAGUGGAGAUUCUUAAGUGGAAACCAGGCACUGCACAGAACAAAGCCACUUUGAAGCAGCGUAAAAUUCAGCAUUUUAUGAGAAUUUGUAGGUUGCAGCUGAGAAUGGCAGUUUACAAAAAAAGAGGUAGUGAGUGGGAUGAGCCUGGCAGAAAGCAAAAGGCAGCAUACCCCACCGUCCCUCCAUUGGUAUCAACUGCUUCUUGAGCCUAAAAUGUAAACUUCAUUAAUCCUUCCCAUUUAUUUAACACUCUGGGUGAUCGACAUGCUUGGGGAACUGUCCCCACAUGUGUGUUCAUAGGUUCGGCUCAGGGGUCUCGGCCCCAGCUCGUUUGGUAGCAGUCCCUCCGGAACAGGUACAGUAAACCACUGACCCUCUCUGCACUUUCUUACUGCCUCAGAUAGCGCUGUCUCCCACCGUCUUUUGCGUCUGUAGUGGCCUGGCGAGGUUAGGCAGCCUGACCUCUCCAGCGUGGUGGGAGAGGCUUGCUCUCUGUCCUGCGUGCAAGCUUGACGCCUUGUCCUUGUCCCCUGGGCGUGGUCCCCAGCGCUCACUCCCUAGGAAGCCCUCCCAUAGCUAGGAGAGUAACUUAAUGGAGUAAUUCUACUCUUCUUUUUACAUGCAGAAAUGUUGAUUUAAAUAUUUUAAAUUGGAUUUUCUUUCACAGGUACUGAUUAUCCUUUCCAAUUCUUAAAUAAAACUGUACUUGAUUUCACUAUCAA